AUGGCAUCCCGUAGCGAAACAACACCACUGAAACGCCCCCGGGAGGAAACUCCACCGGAGAGCAUACCACAACAAGUUGAACCUGAACCUCAACCUGAACCUGAACCUGAACCUCAGGCUCAACCUCAACCUCAACCUCAACCUCAACCUCAACCUCAACCUCAACCUCAAUCUGAACCGGAACCGGAACCGCAACCAGAAAUACCGCAGGGACAUAUUCAGGGUAUCAUCGAACCCGAUACUGGGAGAUGCCAGUUAUACCACCAGUAUUACUUCAAGUGCUAUGAACUAUCAAAUGGCCGCAGAUAUCAUUCGUACCAUGAGGGUGAAUACAUUCUGCCCAAUGAUGAACAAGAACAAGACCGUCUGGACUUGAGUCACCACAUCUAUCGGAUGGUUUUGAAGGGAGAGCUGCACGCAGCCCCCAUCAAGAACCCCGCUCGGGUCCUGGAUAUUGGUACCGGAACUGGAAUCUGGGCUAUCGAUUUUGCAGACGAACAUCCCGAAUCCGAAGUGAUUGGAAACGAUCUCAGUCCUAUUCAACCGUCUUGGAUCCCUCCCAACCUCCGCUUCGAGGUGGAUGACUUCGAAGCACCCUGGUCUUACAGCCAGCCUUUCGACUACAUUCAUGGCCGUGAACUAGAAGGCUUCAUCCGUGAUCAUAACCGCCUGUUCGAACAGGCCCUGGAGAACCUGAAGCCUGGUGGUUGGAUGGAAAUUGCCUCGAUCGAAGUCAACUGCUUCUCCGACGACGAAACACAUCUCAAAGCAGAGUCUAUGAUGCACGGAGUCAAGCACAUGCACCUGAGUGCUAAGAUGUUUGGCAAGGAUUUCGACACUGUGAAGAAUUGGCGGUCGCAGAUGGAAAACGCCGGCUUCGUCAAUGUUCGCGAGGACGUUUACAAGCUCCCCCAGAGCCCCUGGCCCAAAGACCCCAAGCUCAAGGAGCUCGGUCGUUACCACCAAGUUAACAUGAUUGAAGCCAUGCCGCCCUAUUGUUACGCGCUGUUUACGCGGCAGCUUGGUUGGGAACGGGUCGAGAUUGAGGCGCUGUUGGCAGGUAUGCGGAAGGAAUUGCGCGAUACGUCCCUCCAUCUGUACUCGCGACUGCAUAUCGUUUAUGGGCAGAGAGCGCCGUGACCGCCUACCGAUGAUUGAUAAAUAAUGAAUUUGCAUCUAUGCAUUGGGAUUGUCAAGUAUUCUGAGCGAAUUAUUGCAUGUGUCCUGCCUGCCGUGGAGCAUAGGACGUUUGGUUUUCUAUACGAAUUUUUAUUUCUUUUUUCUCCACUCGAAGCUGGACUGCUGUACGUCAUAAUUGUGAAGUUCAUGGGAGACUCGAAAGCGAGUCGGUCAUUACAUCUUGUGAAGGCAUGGGACAACUGCUCUCUGUCCCUUCUACAUGGGUUUACUAGUAUCGGUUUCAUGGUGAGCUAAUGAGCCGCCUUGGCGAUCUUCUACCAUGUCAACAGUCGGCAUAAACUUUGAUUGUUGGAAAUUUACUGUCGGGGUUUAGGAGCUUCGUGUUCCCGCCUAAAGCUAUUGGAUGCUUUCUUUGUGUGACCCAACCCUGGCUGUUUGAAAUACCCGAAGUACUCGAUA